UCCAUAGCUAAUAGAAUGUGGACUAAUCCCAACACCACCGGCUUCCGUUAAGCCGCCCGGGCGCCCUCCCCACCACCGCAGCACGCAGCGGCGCGAGAUGGGUGCUCGUGGCCUCCCUCGCCCGGCUCUGCCUGCCAUGCCGGCGCUCCUUCUCCUCCUCCUCCUCUGCCUGGUGGUCGCGCCGGCGGCGCGGGCGGCGGCGCGCGGGCACAGGGACGACGACGCUCCCAGCUGCGGCGGCGGCGGCACGGCGGCCCCGCGGCUGUGGGUGUUCGGUGACUCGUACGCGGACACGGGGAACCUCGGUGACCUCGGGCGGGAGCUGACGCACGCGUGGUACGACCCCUACGGCGACACCUUCCCCGGCCGCCCCACCGGCCGCUUCUCCGACGGCCGCGUCCUCACCGACUUCGUAGCUUCGGCCAUGGGGAUGCCGACGCCGGUGGCGUACAAGCUGCGCAGGGGCGCCGCGCCGGGGCUCCUCGCGCGCGGCAUGAACUUCGCCGUCGGCGGCGCCGGCGUGCUCGACACCGGCAACUUCCAGCGCAACAUCAGCGCCCAGAUCGACCUGUUCCAGGCGCAGCGCCAGCGCGCUCCCUCCGGCUGCGGCGUCGCGCUCGUCGUCGUCUCCGGCAACGACUACGCCUACGCCGCCGACAAGGACAACGGCACGAGCGCGGCGAUCGCGUACAUCCCGACGGUGGUGCGGCAGCUCCGGGAGCAGCUCCGGCGGCUGCGCGACGAGGCCGGGAUGCGCAGGGUGGUGGUCACCAGCUUGCACCCCCUCGGGUGCACGCCGCUCUUCACCCGGCCGCUCAACUACAGCGGCUGCGACCCGCUCACCAACGCCGGCGCCGCGCAGCACAACGCCGCGCUCCGCUCCGUGCUCGCCGGCCUCGACCCGGCCAACCGCACCUUCUUCCUCCUGGACCUCAGCGCGCCCUUCGCCGCCCUCGUCGACGCGCCGCCGCCAGGGAGGUUCGCGGAGCCGAGGAGGCCGUGCUGCGAGGCCCUCGCCGACGGCGGCUACUGCGGCCAGCAGGACGACGACGGCAAGAGGAUGUACACGCUGUGCGCCGACCCCGCCGAGCACUUCUACUGGGACGACGUGCACCCCACGCAGGCCGCAUGGGCCGCCGUCGCCGAGGCUUUCAGGCCCAAGAUCCGCGAGUUCCUCUCCACCUGACCUACCUUGGAUUUCGACUAUUUUUGUUCUGCCGGGGAUUAAAAAAAAUGCGCAAAGGAAUCGCCCAAAGCUAACAAAAUGUUCAUGGUCUGUCUACCAGAUCAUUUAUUAGUGAAACUCUUCAGUUACUGAGACA